UUGUGAUACAUUGCACCAACAAUGGCUCCUGCUGCACAACGAACAACCAGUGGAGUUCGUGAGGGACGAAAUAAGAAAGUUUCGAAUAACAUCCCCAGCAGUCGCGUUUUAAGAUGUCGAGCAAAAUCAAAAUGCAAACAACCUGGAGCAGUUAAAAAAUUGUGUAGUUGCAAUUUUUACGAAGAACUGGACAAUUAUGCCAGAAACAAAUCAGCAACUCCAACUCCGAAUAGACGGCGGAAAACAGCUAAAAAACUAAUCAAAAGCUUGAACACGGAUAACUCAAUUAAGGCAUUAGGCUCAUCGAAUAAAAGACCUGAAAAGGUAUACUCUGUUUUGAAAAUUAAAAAACGAUGGUGCCUCAUGUUCGAAAAGAGUACUGAUUCACGAAUGGACAAGGAGAACGUACUAAUAAACCAUAUUUGGAGAUGUGGAUUCCACAAGAAAUUCCGCUACCAAUACAUAUACUAA